CAUACACCAUUGCAGCCUAAAUAAACCCUCCUAUGGCGAGGGAGCCAGUCAUAGAGGCUGGGAGUGGAUGAAAGAUUUGUCCACGUCGGCACUACCGCAACAUGGAUCCGUCAGUGCUGGAGCCGUCUCUCUACACUGUCAAAGCAAUCAUCAUCCUGGACAAUGAUGGGGAACGUCUACAUGCCAAGUAUUAUGAUGAUGCCUAUCCUUCCACCAAGGAACAGAGGAAUUUUGAAAAGAAUAUUUUUAGCAAGACGCAUAAAAGUGAUAGUGACAUUGCAUUCCUGGAAGGAUUGACCAUCAUCUAUAAAAGUUCUGUCGAUCUGUACUUUUACAUCGUGGGGAACUCCCAGGAAAAUGAGCUCAUGUUAAUGGCCGUUCUCAAUUGCCUGUUCGACUCUUUGAGCCAAAUGUUAAGGAAAAAUGUGGAAAAGAAAUCUCUGAUGGAGAAUAUGGAUGGGCUCCUCCUUAUCUUGGAUGAGGUUGUGGAUGGCGGGGUCAUUCUGGAGAGUGAUCCUCAACAGGUCAUUCAGAAAGUGAACUUCAGGGUUGAUGAUACUCCUUUAACAGAGCAAAGUAUGGCACAGGUAAGAUCUCCUUGUGAUGCCAGUCAUUUCCACCCUGCAAGACGGGUUGUAUCCACAAUCCUCCCACUUUCCAUUUCAUCACUGACCCUCAAGAUAGUCAAACCCUAGAUCUGAGAGACUGAA